GAAAGAGUACAUACCUCGGUGAGGUUACGGUUGUCGGUCGGUCAGCUCCAUUACGCGCGUGACGUUAGACUGCAAGGAGCCGAGGUGACCUAACCUAGGCCUAGGUAUCGGUAGGCAAUUACAACGGGGAGCUCUGAUAUUGACGUGAUGGAGCUUCACAAGCUUUUUCACAAGCUCGGGAAGUGUUUUCGGUAUACCUGUUUGAGGGACAAAGCAUAAAAGAUUAGAUUGUCGCAAUCCAAGGAAGAGAUAACAGUAGUUAUUGAAAUUCUGCGAGCAUAAUUUAAAGGCCCGACCACAACUCUCUACAACUGACGAUUUCAUUGUCAAUUGUUUCACGAUCUCUGCGCAAGUUCAACAGCUGUACUGUCGCAUAUUCAAUCCAAUCGCGGAUUCCUACUCGUCUCCAUUUGAACCGCACAAGCUUUCGAGUCCGACCGUCACGAAGCACUAUUCUUCGCCUGUUAUCAUCGUCUGCUAAGGCAUCGAAUACCAAGCCUAUUUAUAUACGAAACAGCUUCAAACAGACCAGCUACCCGUUGGGAUCGUCUGAGAAAAGAGCGAGGGAACUCCAGGAACCACAAAGGUACAACAGCUUCAAAGGUGAGUUGUCAGUUUCUUUACAAACGCAAGAGGAAGUUUCCUAUGUUUGCCCUUGGUCCGUUAGGCCUGUCCCUGUUGGGUCGCGAGUUGAGCUCGAGUCUCAGUCAACCACAGCCGCACCCCCUGGGAAAGCACAAGCACAAGCACAAGCACAAGCACAAGCACAAGCGGUUUGCGGUUCUGUUCUGUACCUGUAUGGUACUGAACCUUCUACCCAUGCAACGAUAGCAUCAACAAGCAGCAAAAGAGCCCACCGCGAAAGUUGUCCGGUGAGCUCAGCCCACCUUCUACCUCUGUUUGGCAUCGGGUGGCAUGCCCCUUCCCCCGAGAGCUCCAGUGGUCCGGAAUAACGGCGCCCUAUUUGCCCGCCUGCAGCGAAGUGCCUGGGGGGAUAUGACCAAUUGCAUCAGGCCAGAAUCUGGUUUACGCAACAGUCAUAGCCAUGGGGCCUUGUGGAUAUUCAGUGCUUUUGCCCGGAUAGAGACCACCGAGUUCAUGAGAUAAGAAUCGUUGGGCUCUGUAAGGGACAAGUGCCUCGCAGCAAUGAUAGUCUCGAGUCCCGAGGCUCUUACACGGGAAGAGUGUUGAGAGACGUUUCGGAGGCGAAUUGAAACAUUUCCUCGUCAAUUCAUUGCCCAAAACAGUCUUUUAUUAACUGGCGCGUUCCGUCACUUACUGACAAAAGUUGCUGUUAGGUACCUUUUUUGUUUUCCCCAAAGACGCACACUCCUACAGGGGCCUCUCACCUCAGUUCACCUGGGCUCAGGCUCUUUCGCAUUCACCCGCAAGUCCACCGACCUCAACUUAAGAGACACACCCCCCCUGGUUCCACCCAGACCACCGGACACGGCGCCGCAGGACCCCAAGGCCCCCUCUUCCUUACUUCCUUACCCCCCUAAAUCGAAAAUCCUCAGGGCCACAGCCCACUAUGACACCCUCACUGAGUACACCCCGUCAGAGUCAGUCUGGCAGCAGCAGCUCAAGCUCAAGCUCGACUCAUAAUAAAACGGCGCCGACCUCUUCUUCAUCUUCCUCCAUCUCUCGUCUCAACUCCAUCGUUCGUCACAUCUCGCCCAAAAUGGUUUCUACUACAAAUUUCCCUGCCGAAGUCGUGCCCCAGGCUCCUGAAGACCCUCUCUUUGGUCUUGCACGAGCUUACAAGGCCGACAACAGCCCCAACAAGAUCGAUCUUGGUAUCGGUGCUUACAGAGACGAGAACGCAAAGCCCUGGGUGUUGCCAGUCGUUAAGAAGGCUGAUGAGAUCCUCCGAAACGACCCUGAGCUCAACCACGAGUAUGCCCCGAUCGCGGGUAUUGCCAGCUUCACAUCCAAGGCCGCCGAGCUGGUCUUUGGCGCUGACUCCGCCGCCAUCUCAGAGAAGCGCUCGACGACAUUGCAGACAAUCUCUGGUACCGGUGCCGUGCACUUGGGUGCUCUCUUCCUAGCCAGGUUCUACAAGGGCAACCACACUGUCUACCUGUCAAAUCCCACCUGGGCAAACCACCACCAGAUCUUCAAGAACGUCGGCCACUCAAUUGAUACCUACCCUUACUUCCACAAGGAGACCAAGGGUCUUGAUUUCGAGGGCUUCAAGCAGACUCUUAAGUCUGCUCCUGAGGGAUCUGUCUUCGUUCUUCAUGCUUGCGCACACAACCCCACUGGCGUUGACCCUACCCAAGAGCAAUGGACUGAGAUUGCUGCUCUCAUGAAGGAGCGAAACCACUUCCCCUUCUUCGAUACUGCUUACCAAGGCUUUGCCUCUGGUGAUCUCGUCCGCGAUGCCUGGGCUAUCCGAUACUUUGUCGAGCAGGGCUUCGAGCUUGUUGUUGCCCAGAGUUUCGCCAAGAACUUUGGUCUCUACGGCGAGCGUGCCGGCUGCUUCCACGCCGUUACCGCCCCCGCCGGUGAUGCCUCAAACACUAUCACCCGUAUCGGCUCCCAAUUGGCUAUUCUCCAGCGAUCCGAGAUUUCCAACCCUCCCUUGUAUGGUGCUCGCAUCGUCAGCACUGUUCUCAACGAUCGUGACCUCUUCGCCGAGUGGGAAGAGAACCUGCGCACAAUGUCAGGCCGCAUCAUCAGCAUGCGCGAUACUCUACGAGCCAAGCUUGAGGAGCUCCAGACCCCUGGUACCUGGAACCACAUCACGGACCAGAUCGGCAUGUUCAGUUUCACUGGUCUUAGCGAGUCACAAGUGAUGAAGCUCCGAGAAGAAUUCCACAUCUACAUGACCAAGAACGGUCGUAUCAGCAUGGCUGGCCUCAAUGACAACAAUGUCGACUACUUUGCCAAGGCUGUUGACAAGGUAGUAAGAGAGUCUGCUUAGAUCUGUAUAGAUUGAGGUAGAAGUUGAGUGUUUGAGAUGGUGUAUGAAACUCAUGGGACGUGGUCGAAUACAAGACCCUGGAAGAAACUCGGCGUUGGGAUUACAGCUUUACCAUUAUUAUCGCACCUGUCAUGAAGGGGACUCUGCAAAAAGCACUGGACGAUCCUUGUUUAUGCAUGCUGUUGACAGCUUUUAAUAUACCUUGACUGCAAGCUAAUGCAUUUGCAUACUCAACUACUUGGUUCUAUCUUUCUAUACAUGAUGUAGUGUGAUCAUGAUGCAGUAAAAUAGAGAUCAAGAUAGCGUACUUUCUUUGGUUAUCAUGGAUCGAGGGUGCUAUCUUGGCGUACGCCAGACCUUGACCCGCAGAUAGCAUGAACACCUUGAUGCCGCUUAGAGAAGGGCGAUAUGCGAUAUCCAACACGAGUCUGUGAUUGGCCCGCCUCUCACCCUGGAAAGACAGGAACUUCCUGCUUCAUUAGGUAAAAUUACUAUUCUUGCUGUAGCAGUAACCAAAAACGGACGCAAGCACGGGGAUCCUACAGAACAACUCGACAAGAAGAGUCUGGGCGACCUCCAUAAAAUAGAAUUCGGGGAAACCUCGCCGUCUCGGGGUGGAAGGCGCUGUCUCUCUCUAUGUGUUCUCCGGGCUUUCAGUGGUAUCUAUCGGCGGCGCGCGGUAUCGAGACGCCGAUUCACCGUGAAGGGAGGGUAUGGGAAGAGUAUUGCCGCGCACUCCCUUUCCCCCCUGCCACUAUCUCCCGUCUGGGGAAGAAAAAAGAAGAUGUCUGGCUUUUUUUUCAUGGAGAGUCCACCCCCGCAUGUCGCGAUGCAAUUUUUAUCCUUUCCCCGCAUGGGAGCCGCUCGCUUGUCCGGGGACCAGGGGGGGCGUGUAGUAACCAAUUCCUUGAUAGUCGAGUCCAAGGUCAGUCAUGAAAGAAAAGAUACGGGGGAAACCGGCGGAAGGGAAGUUUUUGACGGUGGAGACGGAGUCUCGAAGCGAAGCAUUGACUGGGGAAACGGUGAGAUAUCUUGAAGAAGAGCUGACCGUCUGCAAUAACUUGCUGUUUGUUCAGUUUCCCUUAUGUCAUGAGACAGGCAACUUUACAACAUAGGAUCCAUACAGAGCCCCGGCAAACCCCGAGUAUCAUGAAAUUGACUGAAGCAAUUAUAUCGUAGAGUCAAAAACUGCGAAUCGUGCCUUGGGCUAUUACACAAUUGCGUAUCCACUGCAGCGGGUCAGGAAAAAGGUACAUUGAGGAACUUGGGGAAUUUCGAGACUAUCAACGGGAUUUGUCCGAUACCGGGGGAGGGUGUGUGUGCCAGACUGCCAGUCCUGGAGUGAGGGAAAGGGAAUAGGAUCCAUAUCAUGGGGUAAGAGAAACGUUAGUUGGGUCUCGCAAUUGAGGAUGUACCUCGCGUAUGGAUAUGGUCAAGAUGGAAAUAGUCCGGUGUGAGGAAUGGCGUAGGGCACAUGACUGUUUCGUUAUCUGGGCCUUGUCCCUAGGUAGCCAGUCUAGAGUUCGGUUAGACAUGCAGAAUUGGGAAUCCGAUUUCUAGUCAAGGCCCUGAGGAGCUAGCUGAGGAAUCAUCAAGAUAGUCAUUUAGCCGCGUUGGGUAGUGUUUAGAUAGAACUGCCACCGCAUAGCAUACACUUGGUGCCGCCGUAAUAGAGUGUGUCC